AUAGCGCAGAAGAAGAAAGGUAGCAUUGCCCUCAGAAAAAGUUCACUUUUUCUACUUCUUUUGCUUCCAGGUCCUACUUAGACAUGUAUAAGGUGAUAAUAUUUAGCUACCUCUUCUGGUUUGUGCUUACUAUAAUCUUCAUAACGGGAACCACGAGGAUCAGCAUAUUCUGUAUGGGUUACUUGGUAGCCUGCUUUUAUUUCCUUCUCUUUGGUGGAGAUCUGUUGCUGAAGCCCAUCAGGAGUAUUCUGCGUUACUGGGACUGGCUGAUUGCCUACAAUGUCUUUGUGAUCACAAUGAAGAACAUCCUCUCAAUAGGAGCAUGUGGCUACAUUGAAUCAUUAAUUAAGAAUAGUUGCUGGUUGAUUCAGGCAUUUAGCCUGGCUUGUACAGUUAAAGGCUACCGUAUUCCAACCAACAACCUAGAUUGUAAGCUUCCCAGCGGAGAGGCAGGAAUCAUUUGGGACAGUAUAUGUUUUGCUUUCCUGCUACUGCAAAGAAGAGUCUUCAUGAGUUACUACUUCCUGCAUGUGGUUGCAGAUAUAAAAGCUUCUCAGAUCCUAGCAUCAAGGGGUGCUGAGCUUUUCCAGGCUACAAUUGUCAAGGCUGUAAAGGCAAGAAUUGAAGAGGAAAAAAAAUCAAUGGAUCAACUGAAAAGACAAAUGGAUCGCAUCAAAGCCAGGCAGCAGAAAUACAAAAAGGGUAAAGAGAGGAUGCUAAGCAUGACCCAGGAGUCCUCAGAGGGGCCAGAGAUCCGGAAGGUUUCUGAAGAAGAUGACGAAGGAGAAGCAGACAAAGAGAAAGCCAAGGGCAAAAAAAAGCUGUGGUGGCGGCCUUGGGUUGAUCAUGCUUCCAUGGUCAGAAGUGGAAAUUAUUAUUUGUUUGAGACGGACAGUGAAGAGGAAGAGGAAGAGGAGAAAAAAGAAGAGGAAGAGCCUCGAAAAAAAUCUGCAUUUCAGAGAGCUAUUGGGAAAUUUGCUUCAGCCAUUUUAGCCUUGCCAAAGUCUAUCAUUAAACUACCCAAAACUAUUCUUCAGUACUUAAUCAAAGCAGCAAAGUUUGUUUAUCAGGCCUGGAUUACUGACCCUAAAACAGCACUACGACAGAGGCGCAAAGAGAAGAAAACUUUUGGGAAAGAGAAGCGAAGGCGAAAAGGAUCUGGGGAUGGUGGUACUGAUGCAGACUGUGAAGAUAGUGAGGAGGAACCUGUCAAGAAGAAAUCUGAUGGGCCAGAUAACAUCAUCAAAAGGAUAUUUAAUAUCUUGAAGUUCACUUGGGUCCUUUUCCUGGCAACACUAGAUAGUUUUACAGCUUGGCUUAAUUCCAUCUCAAGAGAACACAUUGAUAUCUCUACUGUACUAAGAAUCGAACGCUGUAUGCUGACCAGGGAGAUUAAGAAGGGAAACGUUCCAACGCGAGAAAGCAUCCAUUUGUAUUACCAGAACCACAUGAUGAAACUUUCUAAGGAGUCAGGACUGGAUUCAAUUGAUAAAAAUCCUGGUCAAGCUUCUGGUUUGCAAGCAUCUGAAAGAAUGGAUAGUUUAGAUUCAGCAGCUUCUCGUGAUAGUAUUUCCAGCUGCUACACUGAAGCAACCAUGCUGUUCUCAAGGCAGUCAACCCUUGAUGAUUUAGAUGGACCAGACACUAUUCCUAAAACAAGUGAGCGCGCUCGACCUAGGCUUCGUAAAAUGCAGAGCAUGGAUAUGUCCUCCUCAUCAGCUGACAGUGGCAGUAUAGUGUCAAGUGAACCUACACAGGUCACCAUGCUCUAUUCUCGUCAGGGGACAACAGAAACCAUUGAGGAGGUAGAAGGGGAGCAUGAAGAGGAAGGACCUCAUUCAGCAUCAAGGCCAGAGGAAGAGGAGGUGGAAGAUUAUAGCCUGGAUUCAGAAGGAGCUGCAUAUACUCCUGAUACCGAUGUGCCUUUGUAUUCCACUAUGGAUAGCAAUGCAGAAGCUCCACCUUCCUAUAGCAAAGCUGUCAGCUUUGAACACCUUCCCUUUGGCUCCCCAGAUGACUCAGCUGGUAAGAGCCUCAUGAUGGUGAGCCCAGACGAUAGUCGGACGGACAAACUUGACACGAUUCUCCCUCCACUGACACACGAGCUUACGGCUAGUGAGCUACUUCUGAACAAGAUGUUUCAUGAUGAUGAGCUGGAGGAGUCAGAGAAGUUCUAUGUUGGUCAGCCUCGAGUCUUGCUUCUUAUUUAUGCUCUGUACAAUACGCUGGUGGCCCGGUCAGAAAUGGUGUGUUAUUUUGUGAUCAUCCUUAAUCACAUGAUCUCUGCCUCCAUGAUAACCCUGGUGCUUCCCAUCCUUAUAUUCCUUUGGGCCAUGCUGUCUGUUCCUCGGCCAAGCAAACGUUUCUGGAUGACAGCCAUUGUCUACACAGAGGUGGCCAUUGUCAUCAAGUACUUCUUCCAGUUCGGCUUCUUUCCUUGGAAUAAACAUGUGGAUUACACAAAAGAUAAACCUUACCAUCCACCCAAUAUUAUUGGCAUUGAGAAAAAAGAGGGUUAUGUGCACUAUGAUCUUGUUCAGCUCCUUGCUUUAUUCUUCCACAGAUCCAUUUUAAAGUGCCAUGGAUUAUGGGAUGAAGACGAGAAAGGGGACAAUUCCAGUAAUAAAGAGGAUACUGAUGAUGAGCUUUCCCUGACAGGAGGCAGGAGAGACUCUUCUGCCUCUUUGAAAUCUGUCAAUCUUGCAGCAUCAGUGGAAUCCAUCCAUGUCCACUUCCCUGAGCAGCAGACUGCCAUCAGGAGGAAGAGCUCUAGCAGUAUAUCACAGCUUUCGCACAGGUCCAGCUUCUCCUCACACAGAUCUAAGAGAGGAAGUACCAGUACACGAAACAGCAGCCAGAAAGGAAGCAGUGUAUUAAGCAUCAAGCAAAAAUCUAGAAAAGAGCUUCUUAUGGAAAAGUUGCGAGAACAAAUGAUCAAAGCCAAGGCCUUUACAAUUAAAAAGACUCUCCAGGUGUAUGUGCCCAUCAGACAGUUUUUCUACAAUCUUAUUCACCCAGACUACAGUGCAGUGACUGAUGUGUAUGUGCUGAUGUUCCUCGCAGAUACAGUGGACUUCAUCAUCAUUGUGUUUGGAUUUUGGGCUUUUGGGAAACACUCUGCAGCAGCAGAUAUCACCUCUUCUUUAUCAGAGGACCAGGUCCCAGAGGCAUUUUUGGUGAUGGUGCUUAUUCAGUUUGGUACCAUGGUGGUAGAUCGAGCACUGUACCUCAAAAAGACUGUCAUGGGAAAGGUCAUCUUCCAGGUCAUCCUUGUUUUUGGAAUACAUUUCUGGAUGUUCUUUAUCUUGCCUGGAGUGACAGAAAGGAAAUUUAGCCAGAAUACAGUUGCCCAGCUCUGGUAUUUUGUGAAAUGUGUUUAUUUUGGCUUAUCGGCAUAUCAGAUACGCUGCGGAUAUCCAACUCGUGUUCUUGGCAACUUCCUCACAAAAAGUUAUAACUAUGUAAACCUGUUCUUAUUUCAAGGGUUCCGCCUGGUUCCAUUUUUGACUGAGCUGAGAGCAGUAAUGGACUGGGUUUGGACUGAUACCACGCUCAGUCUUUCCAGCUGGAUCUGUGUUGAAGACAUCUAUGCUCAUAUAUUCAUCCUGAAGUGUUGGCGAGAGUCAGAAAAAAGAUAUCCCCAGCCAAGAGGCCAGAAGAAAAAGAAAGUUGUGAAGUAUGGAAUGGGUGGCAUGAUUAUCGUCUUGCUGAUUUGUAUUGUCUGGUUCCCACUUCUCUUCAUGUCUUUAAUCAAAUCUGUUGCAGGCAUCACCAACAAGCCUCUAGAUGUAUCAAUCACAAUAACUCUAGGAGGUUAUCAGCCUAUUUUUACAAUGAGUGCUCAACAGAGUCAGCUCAAGGAUUUGAAUCAGACUGGUUUCAAUGCGUUUCUGGGAAGCUAUAGGGGUAAUACUGCUGCUUUGCAGUUUCUAGAGGGCUAUGGAAAAGAAGAUAUAACUCUUGCAGAUUUAGAGGGAAAUUCAAACUCUUUAUGGACCAUCAGCCCUCCCAGCAGAGAGAAAAUGAUACAGGGACUGCUGGAUUUUUCAGCUGAGUUCACUGUAGUUCUUUCAUGGAGCAUUCAAAGAAAUCUCACCCUUGGUGCCAAAGCUGAAAUAGCAUCAGAUAAACUUACCUUUGUCCUGCCAGAGAACACCAGAAGAGAUAUUGCUACAAUGAUGUCUGGACAGCAACUGGAAAAGGUAACAUUAGAGACAGUGUACCCAUACUACAUCAAGGCUCCUAGUGAUUCUCUGGCAAAACCCAUAAAGCAGCUAUUGACAGACUGCAGAUGGGAAAACAUUACUGUUUCCUUGGUCAAAAAUGUGUCUGAUGAGGGAGUUCGUGAGUGGUGGGUUUUGAAUCAGCUUGGAAAAAGAUACAAAACAUCUGAAGAGAGUCUUGAACUCUUCAUAUUCAGUGAUAAAGUCAGUCCACCAAGCCUUGGAUUCUUGGCUGGUUAUGGCAUCAUGGGACUAUAUGCCUCAGUUGUCCUGGUGAUAGGAAAGUUUGUCCGUGAAUUUUUCAGUGGGAUCUCUCACUCCAUCAUGUUUGAGGAGCUACCCAACGUAGACCGAAUCUUGAAGUUGUGUACUGACAUUUUCUUAGUGCGAGAGACUGGAGAACUGGAACUAGAAGAAGACCUGUAUGCCAAACUAAUAUUCCUGUAUCGCUCACCAGAGACUAUGAUCAAGUGGACUAGGGAAAAAACUAAUUGAUCUCUGGUGUCACACCACGAAUCAAGUUGCUUUCAUCUGAAUUUUAAAGGUGGGGAAAAAAAAAAAAAAGGCAAAAAAAUAAAAAAAGCACAAUAUUCUCUUAAGAGCUAAGCCUUUUAUAGUUAGGUAGCAAUGAUUUUUCACUGAAGGAGUCCUGGAAGCUACGGCCUUAGGAAUCUAUGCUGCCUUUCAAAUUAAGGAUCAAUAGUGAAGAAGGUUGGAUGAUUUGUUGUUUUUAAUGUGCCACUCCUCUACAAUCUGGGGACUGCUUUGUAAUUUAAUCAACAAAAAGUUUGCAUCUUUGUCUGGCUAAUUUAAUUUUCCAGGCAAUCAUUACAACUUAAAGAGAAAAGAAAGGAGUGAACCCACAGGUGACUCCAGUGUACCUUCUUAACCCUUUCUGGAGCCAUACAGAUUGGAUUGUGCAAUAUGCUGUUGUACAUCACUGACUUUCAAGCUACAGUAAUGGGACGCUGACUAGCCUUCAGGACACCCAAGACCCAGAGCCGCAGUGGGAACUGAAGACAUUCUAGCCAUACCCAUUUGUAGGAAUCAGAGGUUUUGAUGUACAAAGGACACUGUGGACAAGCCUCUGUUAGCAAAAAGAAAACAAUAACAAUCUCUUUGAAUGCCUUAUUUUAUUUGUACAGCCACAGAAGACAUUUCAACCAAACAUCAAUGACUUUUCUCAGGAAAAAAAAGCAACUGAAACUUGACACUUCGUCAAGGUUAACUAAUGGCUAGAAUAAUUAUGGUGAAUUAUUGGGGUGUUCUGCUGGGCCAUUCUCUUCAAAGUCACUGCUUUCCAUUAGGUUAGAAAAGAAAGUGAAUUCAAUGACCUAAGGAGCUACUCCAUUUCUUAUAACCCUUUAAAGACUGAAUAGUGUGUGCUUCUCUCUGCUCCCCAUGACAUGCUUUUUCCCAUUUCGAUGAUUUAAGGCAACUGUUGUUUUGCUGUUAGCUGAUAUUCUUCUUCCAAUGUUUCAGGUAUACAAAAAUGUUUACAUAUUCUAAGUCACAUUUUUACAUCUGAGACGGGGUUUUUUUAAGUUCCCAAAUAUAAACAUACAUAUGAGCUUGAAAAAUGGCCUUUUUCUUAAAUUCCUAUUAUUAGUGAGACAAAUGGCUCAUUAGAGAACAUUGUAGCAUGCAAAUUUACAAUUGCAAUGUAGGUUUCAUUCCAUGUUAAAAAAUUAUUGAGAAAAAAAAUCAUUGAGUGGGUAGGGUAUGUUAAAAGGGUAUGCUGUGUAGUUUUGAUUCAGUAAUGACUUAAAAUAAAGCACAUGUUGCAAAGUCAUUUUAGAAGUAUUUUUUCCUCUGCCUUUUUACAUGAAAUGGGAAAAGUCUGACAUUCUUCUAACUCUGUGACAAAUAAAUCUCUUUCUUGUAGUUAGCUGCUAUUUAUUAUAUGAAUGAUUAGUUAAUCACCGGGAAAAAAAAAAAACUAAUACAUAAUUUACUGGCACAUCUUACUGAAGAACUUCAUCAAACAGGACAAUUAAACGAAGUUGCAACAUACUCUGCUGAGUGCUUCCAUGACAAAUGCUGUCACAUCCAUUCUAUACUGUGAAAACUAACAUUUUGAGCACCAUGAAGUGCACAAAAUAAAAAUCGCUUAAUCGUAUUGUAACAAUAAAAUCAUUUGGUGACUGGAACUUACUAGAAGACAACCUGUUUUCCUCCAAAGUGUAAUGGAAAGGUGGCUGCUCAUACAGCCAGGCAGCAUUCCUCAGUGGAGAGUUUUGCUCCAUUUCUUCCAUAGGACCUGUAAGUCAAAAUCAAAACAUACAGGAUCCAACAGGGAUGCUAAAAUGUCCUUUUUGGUUAGAUGGAUCCUCACCUGGGUGUUCAGUGAUUUUAAGGAAAGCAGCACUGGAAGGAGAAAUGUGAAGGGUGUAAUGUGUUUCUAAAGGUACCAGCCAGCAGAAACAUGCUGGCCAUAGUUGGUCCUGGCUCCCUUCCUGGUUCUUUCUCUUUAACUUCCUUUCUGGUGAGAACAACCUAUCCGCAGAAUGAGCUGUACAGUUACUUGGGCUUCGCAGAAAUGUGCUGCUCUUGCUUUCAUGAUUGACCAAACUUUGACAAUAAAAGGAUUCUUCUGUUG